UCGCAGCGAGGACAAUCAGCUAUCUCCGUCAAAAUGAUGAUCAAAAUCUUCACCGUCGUCGGCGCUCUGCUCGUGGCCGCCUGCAACGCGGGAGUGGUGCCGGCCGCGAUUCCGGCAGCGGUGCCAGCGGCUCUGACAGUUGGGACUUACGCCAGCAGUUACAACGCACACGCGAUCAACCACGCAAUAGCCUCCCCUUAUCUGGCGGCCGCCCCGUUGACAUAUUCCGCGUACUCCGCACUUCCGGCCGCGUACUCCGCACUUUCGGCCGCGUACUCCGCACUUCCGGCCGCAUACUCCGCACUUCCGGCCGCGUAUUCCGCCCCGAUCAUCGCCGGAAGACGCUGAAGAGACUCGUCUGAGGAUAACAACCUGACCGAACCAUGACACCUCGAGAGAUCGUCCGAUCUGUCAAAUAUUGCUACAACAUUGAUUUUUCUCUUCUCGUCGUUGAUUCUUUUUUACAUUGUAUAUGUAAAAAUAAGUCACAGUGAUAAUACAAUACUUUUGAUUCGAUA